UAUGAGAGCAACUCAAGAUAAAUACGAACACGUAAGAGGUGAAUAAGCACAAGCUCCAAUCAAUGAAAUUAGAGUCGCUGCUAAAGGUCUUGACGGCUCAUACAUCAAAAGAGCUAUUGAAUUGUUGCUUGGCACAUAAGAAAUUCCAAAAUAAGACUCUGUAGUGAUUAAAGGAAUUGAUAAUGCAAUUCCUAAGGUAUUGGUAAUUAGUGAAAUUGUAAGAAGAAGAGUAGCUGGAUUAUCACAAGUAUCUAAUCAAAUUAUAUAUAAGAUUAAUUAAAUUGGAAAUACUUAAAUUGUGGACAAAUAUUUACCAACUGAAGAAGGAUUGGUUGAAGUCAAUAUUACUAAAUAAUUAUCAAUUUUGACUGUUAAAUUGACCACCAAGCCAACUGAAGAAGAUAAAAAGUCUGUUGGAUAUUAAGAACCUCUUCCUGAGUCUGAAGUUGUUCCUUAAAGAUAAAGACAAUGUAUUUAAUAAAUUUAUUAAUUUAGAAGGAGAAAAAAGAGAAAGAAACACAAGACAAAAUAGAGGAGCUCCAAGAGGUGAAAAUAGAGGUCAAGAUAGAAGAGAAAACAGAGAUAACAGAGAUAAUAGAGAUAAUAGAGAUAACAGAGAUAACAGAGAUAGAAGAGAUAAUAGAGAUAAUAGAGAAAAUAGAGAAAGAAGAGAUAACAGAGAUAACAGAGACAACAGAGACAACAGAGAUAACAGAGAUAACAGAGACAAUAGAGAUAGAAGAGAUAAUAGAGACAAUAGAGACAAUAGAGACAAUAGAGAUAACAGAGAUAACAGAGACAAUAGAGAUAACAGAGACAGAAGAGAUAACAGAGAUAAUAGAGAUAACAGAGACAAUAAUAGAUAAAACAAUACAAGAAAUACCAAUACAAGAGAAUAAGAAAAGAAAUAAUGAG